AGUUUUGACAUAAAUAAGAUCUUCAUUUAUAAUCUUGUAUGGAUACUCGUAUUUUAUGUAUGCCCCCUCCCCACGAUGUUAAAUUCUACAACCGACACUGGAUGGAUCAGAAGACUUUUAUCAAUUCCUACUAUAGAGAAAACUUCAAUGAAAGGAGUACAGUCGUAGAUUCAAUAUCCUUAGGGCAUUUUUACUUGAUAUACUGACCCGUACUGAUCCUUGAUGUUUUUGCUAGCUCCGUAUUUGACCAAAACUUCGAUGAUGUCACUCGACCUCGGUGAUGUGCCAACGGCAGCAUGCAGCGGUGUUCUCUUGUCACAAUCUUCAAUAUUGGGAUUGGCAUUACCUUCAAGUUGUGAAAUCAAAUACUGAUCAAGUAAAAUAUGGAAUAUGAAUUUCUUUAAUGCAGAG